AUGUCUGCACCAAAGCUUGCCACCCUUGACGACUCGCUGGCCGACCGCCUGCCCAGCCACUCGCAGGACCUGUUCGCGGCCAAGACGGAGCGCGGCCUCAGCUUCGAGGCCAUCGCGCAGCACCUGGGCCGCAGCGAGGUCGCCGUCGCGGGGCUCUUCUACGGCCAGGUGCAGGCGUCGGACGAGGACGCCGACAAGCUGUCGGCGCUGCUGGGUGUGCCGCGCGAGCACCUCUCCAAGAUGACGACGUGCCCGGACCGGGGCCGCUCCGGGCCCAUGCCGCCCGUCGAGCCGCUCAUCUACCGCCUCUACGAGGUGGUGCAGAACUACGGCUACGCCUACAAGGCCGUCAUGAACGAGAAGUUUGGCGACGGCAUCAUGAGCGCCAUCUGCUUCAACACAAAGGUCGAGAAGGAGGUGGACGAGGCCGGCGCCCCGUGGGUCGUCAUCACCCUGAGGGGCAAGUGGCUCCCUUUCUCCCGCUUCUGA